AUGACGAAGUUCGUGAAAUUUUUAAAGGGAAUUUUAUCUAACAGGAGACAAAAAGGCGACUUCGAGACCGUGACAUUGACAGAGAAUUGCAACGCUCUCCUUAUGGCGAAUUCUCCACCAAAGUUUCAGGAUCCAGGAAGCUUCUUCAUACCGUGUAAAAUUGGUUCUGAACUCAUACCGAGAGCUUUCUGCGACUUGGGGGCCAGCGUCAGCCUACUUCCAUACCCAAUGGGAAUAGUGGAAGAUGUGCCAGUUGAAGUGGGUGGAUGUAUAGUUCCCACAGAUUUCGUUAUCUUGGAUAUGGAGGAAGACCCUAAGAAUCCUUGGAAGACCAUUCCUUGGCACAGCUGGAGCCAUCAUCGAUGUAAAAAGUCACAGGAUGUGCAUAGCCCCCACGAGCUGGCCAUGAGCGUUUUCAUGGGCGUGGAGGCGAUGGAGAAGCCAAAAUGA